CGUCGUCCCCCUCAUCCCGCCUGAGGCGAGCCCGGGCUCUGCCUAGCGCUCUGCGGCCCGGCGGCGGCGAAGCCUCGGGGCAGUGCCGGCGGCGGCGGCGGCGGUCGGGGCAGUGCGGGGCGCGCAGUCCUCCUGCCGUUCCUCGUUUUCCUCCUCUCCCCUCCUCCUCCGCCUCCUGCUCGCCCGGCUCGGCGGCGCUGCGAGCGGCAAGAUGGCGGCGCCCAGGCUGCCUCCCUCCCGGCUCUCGGGUGUCAUGAUGCCGGCGCCCAUCCAGGACCUGGAGGCCCUGCGCGCGCUCACGGCGCUCUUCAAAGAGCAGCGGAAUCGAGAAACAGCACCCAGGACUAUCUUCCAAAGAGUCCUGGAUAUCUUAAAGAAAUCGUCCCUUGCUGUUGAGCUGGCCUGCAGAGAUCCGUCCCAAGUGGAGAAUCUGGCUUCCAGUCUGCAGUUGAUAACAGAGUGCUUCAGGUGUCUCCGCAACGCGUGUAUAGAGUGUUCUGCAAACCAAAAUUCAAUCAGGAACUUGGAUACGAUUGGAGUUGCUGUUGAUUUGAUUCUUCUGUUUCGUGAACUGCGAGUAGAACAGGAAUCCCUGUUGACAGCUUUUCGUUGUGGACUACAGUUUUUAGGCAACAUUGCUUCACGGAAUGAAGAUUCCCAGUCUAUUGUUUGGUUACAUGCCUUCCCAGAACUCUUUCUGUCCUGCUUAAAUCAUCCAGACAAAAAAAUUGUUGCCUACUCUUCAAUGAUUUUGUUUACAUCUCUUAAUCCUGAAAGAAUUAAAGAACUGGAAGAAAACCUCAAUAUUGCAAUUGAUGUCAUAGUUGCUCAUCAAAAGCACCCCGAAUCAGAAUGGCCGUUCUUGAUUAUUACAGACCAUUUUCUGAAAAGCCCGGAGUUGGUAGAAGCCAUGUAUGCCAAGCUGAGCAAUCAAGAAAGGGUUACCUUGUUAGACAUAAUAAUAACCAAGAUAGUGGGUGAUGAGCCUCUGACCAAGGAUGACAUUCCUGUGUUUCUGUGCCACGCCGAGUUGAUGGCGAGCAGCUUUGUGGAUCAGUGCAAGAUUGUGCUCAAGCUGACCUCUGACCAGCAUGCUGAGGAUGAGGAGGUACUGGCUACAAUUAGGCUUCUUGACGUACUGUGUGAAAUGACAGCUAAUACUGAGCUGCUUGGCUAUCUACAGGUUUUUCCUGGCUUGCUGGAAAGAGUGAUUGACGUUUUACGAUUGAUUCAUGUAGCUGGAAAAGAUACCACAAACAUCUUCAGUGCCUCUGCUUGCGUGAGAGCAGAAGGGGACAUCUCAAAUAUGGCCGAGGGGUUCAAGUCUCAUCUCAUUCGCCUGCUUGGAAAUCUGUGUUACAAGAAUAAAGAUAACCAAGACAAGGUAAAUGAGCUGGACGGCAUUCCUUUGAUCUUGGACAGCUGCAACAUCGAUGACAGUAACCCCUUUCUGACCCAGUGGGUGGUGUAUGCCAUCCGGAACCUCACAGAGGACAACAGUGAGAACCAAGAUUUUAUUGCAAAGAUGGAGGACCAGGGCCUGGCAGAUGCGUCCCUACUUAAAAAAAUAGGUUUUGAAGUCGAAAAGAGGGGUGAAAAGCUGAUUCUGAAAUCUACUAGUGGCACACCUCAGCCGUGAAUGAACUCCAUCCCCAUACCUGAAUACUUGGCAUCUGUUUCAUGGAUUUUUCAUCUUCUGCAGUAUGUGAACUUGCAAGUGUUUAAGGAUUUAUAAGUACUCGGGAACAUAAGAAUCUUUUAGAUACUAGAGUUAUGUGUGUAUAAGCUCAAAGUGAAAGCACCUCAGUUUUCUCUUGUUUCUUUGCUUUAAAUGUAACUGUCUAGUUUGCCUUUGUUCCCCCUGGGUAGAAUAUGCAUUUAAGAAAUAGAUUGUACUCACUGUGACAGCAAAUAAUAAAUCCUCCUCUUUGAGGGCACAUCCCUCAUUUGGCAAAGA